AUGUUGAGUGCAAUGAAAUUAUUGGAAGAGGAGACUUGUGUUAGAUUUAAAAAAGGUCAAGGCAUUGGAAAUUAUGUGGAUAUCAGAGAGUGAGUAAGAAGAAACGAUUCUUUAAAGGUUGUUCUUUUCUGGAUCUACCCUUACUUUUGAGUAUUUUCUUGCAAUCUAACCCCCCCCCCUCCCCUCUCUCUUUUAAAAAGAUCAAGUCCGAAAAUCUAUACAGCUCCAAUUAUUGUUCUUCCAAUCUUGGACAAGUGAAAGGAAAACAAAAAAUCGAAUUCGGAAAAUACUGUGAAAUGACUGGCACAGCAGUUCAUGAAUUAACUCAUAGUUUGGGGAUUGGUCAUGAAAUGGCAAGAUUUGAUCGAGAUACAUAUGUCAUCGUUGUGGAAAGUAACAUUAUUGAUAGUUAUAAAUAUAAUUUUAAAAAACUAACAAGCUCCAAUAGCUACAAUCCAGUUCCAUUCGAAUAUGGAAGUGUUAUGAUGUAUGGCCCAAAAGAUUUUGCAGUUGGAUCAUAUGAGACUAUUAUUCCGAAGGACAAUGAUUAUUAUUAUACUAUGGGAUUUCAAUUGACAUCAUUUUUAGAUUACAAAAGAUUGAACAUUGCUUAUGAUUGUAUGUGUAAAAACUCAACAAUAACUUGUAAAAAUGGUGGUUAUCCUCAUCCAAAUAAUUGUAACAAAUGUUUUUGUCCUGAUGGUUUUGGUGGACAAUUAUGUGGACAGAUUAAAGCAGAUCAAAUAUACACAGCUACAAGUUCUUGGAAAAGUCAAACAGUUUCGAGCAAUUUAGAACUCGUUCUUUACGAUAACUUCACAAUAAUAACAUUUGCUAUAAAUGGACAAGACACAAAAAGCAUGGAAAUUCAACUUCUUGAAGCGCCAACUAUGCAAUGUCAAUCAAAAUGCCCGAUUAAUGGUGUGGAAAUCAAGUAUUUAAAUAAUCGAUCAAUUCGAAAUCCCGUGUAGGUUUUUAAUUUGAAUUGUUAUUAUUUUUUUGAAAAACUUUACAAGCCAACCAAAUAUUCCAGACAAUGUUGUCCUGAUUCAACUCAAUGGAACGUCGUGAAAACUUCGAAAAACAAUCCGACUUUUAUCCGCUUUUAUGCUAGAAGUGGUUUUAAUAAUUUGAAUGUCAAGUUUAGAUAUCGAUUAAUUUGA